AUGGACCUUCCUUUUAGCAUUUGGGUUGAUUUAUACAAUCGACUUUUUCAAGAAAGAUUACUUUUUUUAGGUCAAGAGGUCAACACUGAAAUAUCAAAUCAACUUGUUGGUCUAAUGGUAUAUCUCAGUUUAGAGGACAAGACCAGAGAUUUGUAUUUGUUUAUAAAUUCUCCGGGCGGAGAGGUAUAUUGGAAUGGUAUAUUUGAUAUUAUGCAGUUGUAGAAGCAGAAGUAUACAGUAUGCGUAGGAUUAGCCGCUUCAAUGGGAUCUCUUCUUUUGGUCGGAGGGGAAUUUACAACGAAAACUCUAUUCUGUUAGACUCUCAGCUCAGGGUAUGAUCAUACUGCUAUUUUUGUAUGAGGGACAGUAGGAGAUGUAUGCUGGAAGCGGAGGAUUACUGAAAUGCGAAAACUAUCAAAUAUUUAUGCACAGAAGGCAAGCUUCUGGCAGAUAUACAGAGACAUGGAGCGGGUUUUUAUGUCAGCAGAAGAAGCUGAAGCCCACGUUGUUGAUACGGUCGCAGCUUAA